UCAGUCUCGGCUCCGGCCACCGCACGGCCGGCACAGCCCCGGGGAGCCCGAGAGCGGGAGCGCCCGCGAGCCGAGAGGGAGGGAGCGAAGGAGGGAGGGAGCGAGGGCGCGCCCGGCUCUCCUUCUGCCCCGCCGCCCGCCCUUCCUGCAGCCACAGCUUAGACACCCUGGAGUCCCCUCAGGCCGGCCCGGCUGGCGCGCACCUGCCAGCCGCCCCUGACCUCGCAGGCCAGGCGGCCCCUGAGCCUGAGAAGAUGGCCCAGCCCAAGAGCGACUGCCGCUCACCUGUCGGCCUCGACUGCUGCAACUGCUGCCUGGACCUGGCCCACCGGAGCGGGCUCCAGAGCGACAGCAGCGGGGAGAACAACAACCCCCGCAGCCCGACCGUGAGCAACUUUCGGCAGCUGCAGGAAAAGCUGGUCUUCGAGAACCUCAACACCGACAAGCUCAACAGCAUAAUGCGGCAGGAUUCGCUAGAGCCAGUGCUGCGGGACCCCUGCUACCUGAUCAACGAAGGCAUCUGCAAUCGAAACAUCGACCAGACCAUGCUGUCCAUCCUGCUCUUCUUCCACAGUGCCUCCGGAGCCAGCGUGGUGGCCAUAGACAACAAGAUCGAGCAGGCCAUGGAUCUGGUGAAGAACCAUCUGAUGUAUGCUGUGAGAGAGGAGGUGGAGAUCCUGAAGGAGCAGAUCCGAGAGCUGGUGGAGAAGAACUCCCAGCUGGAGCGUGAGAACACCCUCUUGAAGACCCUGGCAAGCCCAGAGCAACUGGAGAAGUUCCAGUCCCGCCUCAGCCCCGAAGAGCCCGCUCCUGAGGCCCCACAAGCUCCUGAGGCCCCCGGUGGUUCUGCGGUGUAAGUGGCUCUGUCCUCAGGUGGGCAGAGCCACUAAACUUGUUCUACCUAGUUCUUUCCAGUUUGUUUUUGGCUCCCCAAGCGUCAUCUCACGUGGAGAACUUUACACCUAGCAUAGCUGGUGCCAAGAGAUGUCCCAAGGACAUGGCCACCUGGGUCCACUCCAGUGACAGACCCCUGACAAAGAGCAGGUCUCUGGAGGCUGAGUUGCACUGGGGCCUUGCCACCCCAAGCCAGUGAGCCUCUCAAUGCCAUCGCGCCCUGGGGGCUCCCAGGGCCUGGGCAACUUAGCCACAACUGGCAAAGGAGAAAGGUAGUUUGAGAUGUAAUGCCAGUUUGCUCCAGAAAGUAUAAGGGGUCUGUUUCAUUUCCAUGGACAUCUUCAACAGCUUCAUCUGACAACGACUGUUCCUAUGAGAAGCCACUUGUGUUUUAAGCAGAGGCAACCUCUCUCUUCUACCCUGUCUCGACAGGGUCCCAGAUGGGAGAGAUUGAGCCAAGUCCGCCUUCUGUUGGUUAAUAUGAUAUAAUGCAUGGCUUUGUGCACAGCCCAGUGUGGGAUUAUGGCUUUGGGAUGACCGCUUACAAAGUUCUGUUUGGUUAGUAUUGGCUUAGUUUUUCUAUAUAGCCAUCCAUGCGUAUAUAUACCCAUAGGGCUAGAUCUAUAUCUUAGUGUAGGUUGUAUACAUACACACAUACAUCUAAGCGUUGACGGGCCUAACCAGCUUCGGGCGUACUGACUGGUCCCUGUUGACUGUGUUCAUUUACCAAGUUGAUCCAGUUUGUCCUCUAGGUUAAGUAAGUCUGAAGAGCAAAGGGAAGCAGGGGACCAGCCUCUGAACGCAGCCACGAUGCCUUGCUGCUGUGACCCUUGUCCCAUCUGUCCCCUGCAGACACAUAAGGUCCUCUUUUGAACGCCAAACCCACCAUUCACUGGUGCUGACUACAUAGAAUGGGGUUGAGAGGAGAUCAGUUGGCGUUUCACAGUGUCCUUCAAAAACUUUUUUCUUAAUGCUGGUGGAAAACUUUCAGGUGAACAGAGAUCAUUUUGCUGGUGUCCUCUUGACAAGGGCUAGACGAGGGAAUGGCUUUGACCCCACGGUGCCUGGGUGAUGUGUUCAAGAAGCCUGUCUCCAGAGGGUUCUGUAGCAGUGAAUUCCACUUUCUGACACCUUAUCCUGAUGAUGUAUGUCUACAGGAUUCGGGUUUUGAUUGUUUAAUGUAAGCUUGAACUUUCAAUAAACUUUGCUCUUUUUUUUUUCUAAA